CCCUUUUCUCUGUCUCUCUCUCGUCGUUCUUCUGUGCUGAUUUCAUUUUGUUUUUCGAAUUUCACGAAAAGUAAUUACCGCGGUCUGUUUUUUUUUUUUCUUUUCUGUCCAAGUUAGUGACAUAAGAGGAGGAGGAGGAGGAAGGGAAACUCAUGAUGAUUCAGGGUUCAUGGAAUUGAAGAUUAUGGAUUCAUGGAAUUUAAGGAUAUUGUGACAUCGAAUUAUUGUUUAGAAUUAGGGAUUUACUUCAAGUCAUCAUGGCUGAGGUGGUUACUAGGAGUUGGAAAGACUCUUAUAAGGGCAUGUCUUCUGAUAAUAUCAAGGGUUUGAUUCUGGCUUUAUCAUCUAGUUUCUUCAUUGGUGCUAGUUUUAUAGUUAAGAAAAAAGGAUUAAAGAAAGCUGCUGCUUCUGGGCUUAGGGCAGGUAGCGGAGGCUAUUCUUAUCUAUAUGAGCCACUUUGGUGGGUAGGCAUGAUAACAAUGAUUGUAGGGGAAAUCGCUAAUUUUGCAGCAUAUGCAUUUGCUCCAGCUAUUCUGGUCACUCCUCUUGGUGCACUUAGCAUUAUUAUCAGUGCUGUUCUUGCUCAUAUCAUAUUACGGGAGAGGCUACAUAUCUUUGGUAUCCUUGGUUGUGUUCUAUGUGUUGUGGGAUCCACAACUAUCGUUUUGCAUGCUCCUCAAGAACGAGCCAUUGAUUCUGUGAGAGAAGUAUGGGACCUCGCUACAGAGCCGGCUUUUCUUUUGUAUGCAGCUGUGGUCAUAGCAGCAGUUAUUGUACUCAUAUUUCGUUAUAUUCCCGAGUAUGGGCAGACACAUAUAAUGGUCUACAUUGGGGUUUGUUCGCUUGUAGGUUCUCUAUCGGUCAUGAGUGUUAAAGCUCUUGGAAUUGCGUUGAAGUUGACCUUUUCUGGAAUGAAUCAGUUAAUAUACCCUCAAACAUGGGCUUUCACCAUGGUUGUUGUCACAUGUAUCCUUACUCAGAUGAACUACUUAAAUAAGGCCCUUGAUACAUUCAACACAGCAGUUGUAUCACCUAUAUAUUAUACGAUGUUCACAACAUUAACCAUUUUUGCAAGUGUUAUCAUGUUUAAGGACUGGGAUCGGCAAAAUCCUACUCAGAUUAUAACAGAGCUGUGUGGUUUUGUAACAAUCCUUUCAGGGACCUUUCUUCUUCACAAAACGAAGGACAUGGUAGAUGGCUCCACGCGCAGUUCUAAGCACAACGAAGACGAGGAGGAAGGCUUUGGUCCAGAAGGCAUUCCUCUUAGGUGCCAGGAAUCCUUAAGAUCACCAUAGUCGAGUACAAGUCUAUCUACAUUGGCCAAGUUUAUUGCCUGUUAUUGUCAGGGCCGGCCCUGAGAUUUGGCUGCCCGGAGUGAAGGUGAAAUUGUUGCCCUGUCGAUCCUGAUAUUUUUUUGCGGGUGUUACCAGUGCAAAGGUGAUAUUUCAAUAGAUUAGUGUUAAGGUACUCUAAUUUUAGCAGCUUGAUUAACUGAGUAUGUCAAAUCAAACCCUAAAUCUAUUAGAUGGGAUAAUUGGUGAUGAUGCUGAAGAGAAAGUGGACUAUGGCAAUGAACGAGAAGAAGAUAUUGAACUCUAAAUCUAUAAGAUGGGAUAAUUGGUGGUGAUGCUGAAGAGAAAGUGGACUAUGGCAAUGAACGAGAAGAAGAUAUUGAACUCUAAAUCUAAUAAGACUAUUAAGUAUUAGUUUUUAAUUCGUAACAUAGGACUUGUGCUUUGUUGUUGUGUUGUUGUUUUAGGUAUUUAGAAACUUAAAGAGCAGUGAGUAACAAAAGUAGUGAGUCUAAGUAGCAAAUCUUAAGGAUUAUUGAAUGAUAUAUCUAUUUAGUACAUGGUUUAUUUAGCCCUCCA